CUCCGCGUCCAUUAUAUUGUCUUGGACUUCUUCUGUUGGGAGAACCGUUUUAGUUACUCUAGCGUAGCUCCUUGCACAAUCAUUGCUUUCGUGUCCGAACGCCCGGCACACACCACAACGUGGCGUCUGGCAGUCCCGUCGAAUGUGUCUUUGCCUGCGGCGCCUCAAACAUAGCGGGGACCGGCCCGGGGCCACAAGAAGGACGGUGCCACUUCCUAACUUGAAAAGAUGAGGCAGGUCAUCAAGCUCAACACCUUCCUUAAGUCUCAUUCGCACGACUCUCGUCGUGGACGUCGCAUGUUCAAAACCGAUGACGAACCAGUUGACGUUCGACACGUCAAGGACGUCACCAAAGCUACUCAACGCUUGCCGAAAGCUCUCACUUUGUACAGCAAAGUCGAUCCAGUGCACUUUCACGGUGACUUCUUGUUGGACGGGGUCGAUGACAGCGCAAAAGCCGCCCUUGACUUGAAGUCCACCCGUUUUCACGAGAGCAUCCUUGUCCGCCUUGCUGCGGAACUUGACUAGCCAGAUGUGAUUCGUCUGGAAGGCUCCUAUACCCGUGAUGUUCUUGAUGAUACCAGCUACCUCCAGUGGCUCGCGAAAAUCUUCCAGCCGAUAUGGUCUUCUUGCCAGGUCACCGUGCGAAAAAACGCCCUGCUGCAUGCUCUCGCCUGAAGGCAAUGUUGGCAGCAACAUCCUAUAAUCCGAGGGUGCAGAAGAAAAGCUGUCACCGCGGCCAACGGCGGCCGCCAAGGAACCUCGCACGGAGCGAGCCAUCACGCGUCCGUCCUCCUCGAAAGCCGAACGCCGACAUCAAGCCACGGACGCAUGUGUCGACAGGCGAUGUGAAACGCCAUUAUGAAUUUAUCGCGGGCAUGUCACUGCCGUGAGACGCUUGGCGCGUUUCGUUUUCGCCACCACGACAAGCUCAAUCGUUGCAGUUAGCAGCAAUUGUGCGUGUUCACGGCGUCUUCUGCGCUUCGAAGAGUGUAGAUUGCUCUGAAAUUUACGACAGUAAGAUUUAUAUAGCGUGAUUACAAAGCCACGAGAACAUCUGAAUCCACAAGCACGGAAAUUAUUGUAUGAAACUCUAUGCCCUCUAGUCUAUUGUAAGAAACUCUAUGGCUGGGAUGACGUUGUUGGGAGUCUGCGAUGUGUUUGUGUAACUACUUUUAAAAUAUUGCGGUUAACUAUUGUUCUUUAUUCAAUUUUCUUGCGAUUCCACAUCGAAUUCGUUCUUUUUUUUUUUGCUGUUUUCUGCAAAUUCCGGCACCUGUUUACAGUCUUGUUUGUCUGCGCGUCCACAGUCCCUCUCGCUAGUAUGUUCCACGUAUGAAGGAAUGAACAUCGUCAUGACUAUUAACGGACGCCAACCCUUAAAUAAAUUAGAAAAUUCAAAUAGCGAGAUGACAAGUUUACAGUAAUAAUUCAAUGACAUUACAAUUCAAUAUUUAACUUACUUGUUCUUUGCACCGACCCUUUACUUUAAGUAUUUUUAAUAAUGAGUUCACGGUACACUGUUUACAAAAGGCUGACUACAUUAUUGCGCACUAUAUUGUUUCAUUUAUUAUCGGCUCCUUUCCUAUCUUCGAUUACUUUUUCUUUCCUCCCUUUCUUUUCUUAUCAUAUUACCACCCGGUUCGUGGCAAACGAAUGGCACAAACCCCCAGUGGGUUUCUGCCAAAGGAAUCAUCAUCAUUAUCACCCAACCGUGAAGUUGACCCUUCUCAGUAGCCACGACUCGCUUGGAACAAUCGUCGAGGCCAGUCACCACCCCCCCCCCUUUCCCGGUCACUUCGUCGGCCUGAAAUCGGCGACUCGGCGCAGCUUACAGCGAGGUUGAAGACACCGACGCCAUGUCCGCAAGGCGCUUCGCUUCGGGAGACGGCGCCGACGUCCGUCCUCCGGACACUCGCCUGUCGACCAGGGGCGUCGAGUCCCGUCUCCCCGGCUGGAUCCCGGAGCGGGACCUGCGCGAGGCCGGCUCCUCGUCGGGCGCCCAGCCCAAGCCGAGCCCCGUGACGACGUGCUGCCCCGGUUCCCGACCCGCCAAGACGGCUCGAAUGCAGCGCAAGACCACCGCGGUGACGGCGACCGCCGCUGCGAUGCCCCACCGUCGCCGGUCGUACGAGGACAGCUUCGUGAACCGGCAGAGCCAGGAGCUGGCCCGGCUAAGCCUCGCCGAGGCACGGGAGGAGGACGACAACGGGAUGACGAGCGCGGAAGGCGCCCCUUCGCGGCAUUCCACCGCCGUCUACGCCGGAGGCGACGGCGACGCGUCGGCGAUGGAUUUCGCGUCGGACGAAGAGCACGCGGUGCAGAGCGUCGACGCGGCGCGGGCCUGCUUUCCGCAGGGCCCGUUCGGCGAGAGGUGGAGCCUGACCUGGGUGUGCCAGCCGACCGCGGCGCCGUUCGCCUCAACGUGCCGAGAUCUGCGCAAGCCGUAGGGGGGCGCAACGCUCGGACGCAGGCUCCCGCCGCGACGAGCGUGACACCUGACGACGUCGUCGGGUCCUUUACGAGUUCCACGAUUAUCUCGUCCCUUGGAGAUUCCCAUAUCGUUUGUGCUGCACGCAUAGCUUCGAAAAAAGUGCCAUAAACGCCCAUAACCCACUUUUCUGUCUCACGAUAACAGUGAUGUUGGCCUGCCUGCGACCGCUAGCUCCUUUCACCGCGCGUGACUGCUGCGGAAGCUGCGGAAGGGCGAUUGAAAAUUAUCGUCGGAGAGUGAAUAAACGAAAGUAAACAAAAGAGAAAUCGAGGGGGGGGGGGGGAGGCGCUGGCACCGUCACGUAAAGCGUUGUACGGUGGCGAAAAUUUUGAAUGCAUAUGAAUGAUCACGGAACCUUGCGAGGCAUUUCUGAUACAGUAUAAAAUAUUCGUGCAUAUUCGUGAAAGGACUUAAUAGUUGAUCUAUGCAAACACGGUCACAUGAACUUAAAAUCACAACACACAAACAUUUCACAUAGAAUGGUGCAAUAAACCUUCGAAGUUCAA